AAGCAUACCACACACCGUAGCGGUCAUGGCGAAAGCACUAGCAGCCCUUCUCGCCCCACUCUCAGCAUGGUCGUCUCUAGUCAACCUGACGGUUCCGGAACCAUACCUCGACGAAGUUUUCCAUGUCCGUCAAGCGCAGAGCUACUGCAAUGGUCGGUUUGACAUCUGGGAUCCCAAGAUCACCACACCGCCUGGGCUUUACUACCUCUCCUACGGCUUUUCCAAGACCGCGGCUUUCUUCCAAACGUCCCUGGGUCUAGGCGAUGGCCUUUCAGCCCUCAAUUGCAGCUUGGGCACACUACGGGCAGGCAAUGUUCUUGGACUUAUACUGCUUGUGCUUGUUAUCCGGGCAGCCUACACCUUGCGGACGAGAGAUGAUGUCGCCAGCCGCAGCUUCGUUUUCGAUCACGCCGCAUUGAACAUCGCGCUUUUCUCACCAUUGUUCUUCUUCUCCGCGCUAUACUAUACAGACAUAUGGUCGGCUGCUUUUGUAUUGGUUUCUUACCUGUUCCUUCCCGGCCUGCACCAUACAGACUCCUCCGCGUGGGCUCGCUCUCUUGCACUCUUCAUGGUUGGACUUGCAAGCCUGCUGUUCCGACAGACCAACAUCUUCUGGGUCGCAGUGUUUCCGGCCGGCCUUACUCUAGUGCAGCAGCUUGAUCGUGGGCAUCAGGCGGUGAAGGAUUCGAUGUACUGCCGAACGGAGGGGUUUGGCGACAAUAUUUACAGCAUUGCGAAGACGAGCUGGAAGUUGGAGGUCGUCUACGAUCCGCCGAUGAAGGAUGCCGAGAUGGACGAUUUUGUGAAGACGCUCGUCUCCAUCACAGCAUGCACCGCCAAGCUAGUCACACAUCCCAAACGACUUAUCCGGGUCGUUGUAAAGCUCGCACCUUUUCUCGCGCUGCUCAUCGUGUUCGCCGCUUUCGUCUCCAUCAACGGCGGCGUCGUGCUGGGCGACAAAUCGAACCAUGUUGCGGCGCUGCAUCUACCGCAAAUGCUGUACAUCUGGCCCUUCAUUGUCUUCUUCUCCUGGCCGCUCCUCUACCCCUACUUGCUGCUGAUGCCGGUCUCAUUCCUUGCCUGGCUACCGGCUUUUACCAGCCUAGAAUCAACACAAACGUUCAAGCGGCGUCGUCUGCUUCCACGGCUCUGGCUGGUGGGACUCGGUCUCGGCGUGGCUUGCCUUACCGUAUACGGCAAUACUGUGGUUCACCCUUUCACUCGGGCGGACAACCGCCAUUACAUCUUCUACGUAUUCCGCUACCUACUGGACCCAUGGUGGAUACGCUACGCUGUCACGCCUGUGUAUAUCAUAUGCGCAUGGGCGUGCUUGCAAACACUAGGAGGCGGACCUCCUGCUGACUACCCAUUCCAGCGCUCCGACUCUCGCGAAGGCCGGCCGUUACCUCUACCAGAUGGCCAGCACUCGGCGACCACCUCGUUCGCCCUCGUCUGGCUUAUGACUACAGCCCUGCAGCUGAUCACCGCGCCGUUGGUGGAGCCUAGGUACUUCAUUCUGCCGUGGAUCUUCUGGCGUAUGCAUGUACCACUACGCUCGCCACCGAAGGGCUCAAAGGCCAAGGAAGGCACCCAAGCACAACUGACCUUCUCGUCAUUGUGGGAAGAGUACGAUCACCGGCUGUGGCUGGAGACUGUGUGGCUGCUAUUCAUUAAUGCCGUGACCGGCUACAUGUUCUUGUAUAGAGGCUUUACGUGGCUGCAAGAGCCGGGCAAAGUACAGCGCUUUAUGUGGUAGAUGGAGCUAUCUUUGACAAGUCGUGGCGACGACACUUCAGUCACUCUUGGCUUCCAGUAUUCGCACCCACCGUUUUCCAUGGUCUAAGGAUGUGGAGAGCUGCGCUAUAUGCUAUAGCUAUCUGUGGGCAGCUUCGCUCGACGAGACGCACGAAGUGGCCAGGCGUCGCACUCACGGGCCCACUCCCACGUAUCGGACCUGACCUGAUCAGCCUUAAUUACAACUUCACUAGUCGUCAAGUAGCUCAAUCACGGUGGCAUCGGCCGUGCGGCAGGCUUUCUUCAGGCGAUGUUCAAGAACCUCGAUGUCGUCGUUGUCAUCUUCCACAUCUUCAUCACGCUCUCUCUUGAGCUCCUUCUUGAUCGUGGGUUCUUUCUUGAUGUUG